CUUAUGGAAAUGGUACCAUUUACCUAGCCCAAAAUAUCCAACUUCCCUCAAACAACUAUUUGCACAUACCAGACGCAACUUCAAGUGCCUAAACAUACCUAUCCAGCCUUUUCUGAGAGCAUUUAAUAAUGGCUAGAAGAGAUCUCUAGGUUUACAGUUUCAAUUUUCCUAAGAAUCUCUUGCUCAUCUUUGAAAAUCAAUGACAUGGGAGUCCUUUGAACUAUCAUUAGUUUUACAGUUGUCUUCAAGGAGAAACCAUGAACUGUUUGAAACAAGGAUUCUAUUUUAAACCAUUUCAUCAGUACAGCUCUAUCGGAUAGUAACUCAUUACGUUAAUCACAAAAGCUACAACUCAGAAAUGGAAAGGGGACUAAAGAAGAAAAUAUUAUUUAGGUUACUUAACAAAUACAUCUGAUAAAUUAGUAUUUUAUCUCAAACUCACUCGGCUUUGUCUGAAACCUGACAACCUGUACAGUCACUUGGUGGCGCUGCAGGAUAAGAUGGGAGACUGUUUCCUAGCUGCGGCUCAGUAGCCUCAUAACCAGCGGAAGUGAAAGCACCGGAUAAAACGGCAAACAGGCUGUCUGAAAAGGCAGGGCAAGGACAAGACCCUUCAGAAAGGAGUGCAAGCCUAUAAAUUCCUGAAGGUCCCGAUGAGCGGGCCUGCUCUCUGAGCUGCCAGGGACUGAGUUGAAACAGAACAGCAGAAAGUGUCUUGUCUACGGAACGAUGGAGUCAGGAGUGAGGGCUGCUCAGCAUCUAAGGCAAGUGCUGCUUUUCUUUGUUUUCCUGGAAGGGUCCUCGGUUCUUUCCGAGACCUGGAGCUAUUCUGUGGCAGAAGAAAUGGAGACUGGCUCCUCUAUAGCCAACAUAAUUAAAGACAUGGGUGUGGGUGACCUGGCCGCACGGGGGGCCAGAGUUAUAUUUGAUAACUAUCAGCCUUAUUUGUGGUUAGAACUUGAGACUGGCAACUUGCUCUUGAAUGAAAAACUGGACAGGGAGGCACUCUGUGGUACCAGUGAACCCUGUAUACUGCAUUUCCAGGUGUUAUUGGAAAAUCCUUUGCAAUUCUUUCAGGCUGAGCUUUUGGUUGAAGACAUAAAUGACCAUUCUCCCACGUUCCCAGAGAAAGUCAUAUUUCUAAAUAUCUCAGAAGGUGCUACUCCAGGAACCUCAUUCCAAAUGGAUAAUGCUCAGGACUUAGAUGUAGGAAUGAAUGGUGUCCAAAAUUAUACAAUAAGCCCCAACCCCUAUUUCUACCUUAAGUUAAAAGAUGGUGGUAAAGGAAGAAAAUACCCAGAGCUGGUACUGAAUGGAUCUCUGGACAGAGAAAAGGAGCCUUCAAUUAGCUUAAUACUAACAGCUGUGGAUGGUGGGUCACUGCCCAGGUCAGCAACUGCACUGAUUCAAGUUGUGGUUGUGGAUGUCAAUGACAAUGCCCCUGAGUUUGAAAGAACGCUGUAUGAGGUUCAAGUACCAGAGAACAGCCAUGUGGGCUCACUAGUAAUCAAGGUGUCUGCUACAGAUUUGGACACAGGGAUAAAUGGAGAAAUAUCUUAUUCAUUUUCUCGUGUCUCUAGAGAUGUACGGGAAACAUUCAAAAUCCAUCCAGUUUCUGGUGAAGUCCAUUUGAAAGCACUCCUAGAUUUUGAGGUGAUUCAGUCUUAUACAAUAAAUGUUCAAGCUGUUGAUGGUGGGAGUCUCUCUGGAAAAUCAGCCAUUAUUGUUCAAGUUAUAGAUGUGAAUGACAACCCACCAGAAAUAGUCUUUACAUCUCUUAUGAGCCCCAUCCCAGAAAACUGCGUAUCAGAGAUGGUCGUCGCUGUUUUCGGUGUACGAGACCAAGACUCAGGAGAAAAUGGCAGAAUGAUGUGCUCAAUUCAAGACAAUCUCCCUUUUCUCUUGAAGCCUACUUUCAAAAAUUUCUACACUCUAGUAACAGAAAGUCCACUGGACAGA